AAAUUCAAGAUGUUCAAGUUAGCAUCGUUUAUUUUAAUCGCCAUAGUAGCCAGUGAUGUGGCACGAUCGGAGGAGGAUCCUAAAAGUGUGCAGUGUGCAGGAUACUGCUAUAAUACCAUUAAACCGAUGAUGGACUUUAUAACUGGCCACCAGGACACCCGACUGAUACAGAUGCAAGCGAAAAUUGAGCAACUGGAGCACCAACUGGCCAGCUUGCCCCGGAACGAGGCAUCUACUAAGUUCAGGCCAGUGCCUACAUUUAAGAUCCAGUUGCCCAACUUUGUGAAGAUCGGUGAAAAGUCAUACUAUAUUGAGGAACGACAGAAGAUCCAUUUCUUCGAAGCGGCCAACCUCUGUCGGCAAAUGGGCGGUGAUCUGGUGAGCCUGCAAAGUCUCAAUGAGAUGAAGGCCUUGUCCGAACACCUUAGCCUGGUCGAUGACUACUGGACGGACAUUAACGAGUUGGCCAAUCGAAACACCUUCGAGUAUCGCUCUCUGACGACCGGAUUUGAGCCAGCUUUUUUUAAAUGGGCUCCUGGAAGACCUAAUCAUGCAUAUAACGCACCUUGUGUUAAAUUGUACAACAUUACCAUGAUUGAUGUGCCUUGUGAUGAAAAGUUUUAUUUUAUUUGUCAAUCGCGGGAUUAAAAUAUGGGAACAAAAUGUUAAAAUUUAAUAAAAUUAUUGAUACUAUGGGUA